AUGCCGCCCAAGAUGGCCCGCAAGACAGCAGGCAGCACACCGAAAGGCAAAGGGCGCAAGACAGUCGCCUCACCCGCCGAUGGAGAUGGAACACCACAAAAAGCCAAAGGAAAGCAAUCAAAAGUCGCAAAGACCAGCACCAACAUCCAACCCGGAGACCCAACCCCCACAGGCCGCCGCCGCCGCUAUAAACCCGGCACUGUCGCGCUGAAGGAAAUCCGCCGCUACCAACGCUCCUACGAUCUGCUUAUUGCCAAACUCCCCUUUGCGCGCUUAGUCCGCGAAGUCGCGCUCGAUCUCCUCCCCGCAGACGUCGGGUCCGAGCUGCGCUGGCAAUCGCAUGCCAUCCAAGCCCUGCAGGAAGCUGCCGAGGCGUUCCUUGUUCAUUUGUUUGAGGAUACGAAUCUCUGCGCCUUACAUGCCAAACGUGUUACUAUCAUGCAGAAGGAUAUCCAGCUCGCGCGGAGAAUUCGCGGAGUGUGGGGUGGGCUUGGUUGA